AUGAGCCUCAUCUUACAUCAGAGAAUCCACACAAGGGAGACGCCUUACACGGGCACUGAGUGUGGGAAAAGCUUUAGUCAGAUCUCAGACCUUAUCAGACAUCGUAGAGUCCACACAGGAGAGAAGCCCUACACAUGCCAUGAAUGUGGGAAAAGCUUCAGUCGGAGCUCUGCCCUUAUCAGAUAUCAGAUAAUCCACACAGGUGAGAAACCUUAUGAAUGCUCUGAGUGUGGGAAAUGCUUCAUCGAUAGUUCAGCCCUCAUCUCACAUCAGCGAAUCCACACAGGAGAAAGACGCUACAUGUGCCAUGAGUGCGGGAAAAGCUUCAAUCGGCGCUCAAACCUUAUCACACAUAGGAGAAUCCACACGGGGGAGACGCCCUACACGUGCUCUGACUGCGGGAAAAGCUUUGGGCGGAGCUCUCACCUUAUCAGACAUGAGACAAUCCACACAGGGGAGACGCCCUACACGUGCUCUGAAUGCGGGAAAAGUUUUGGGCGGAGCUCUGACCUUAUCACACAUCAGAGAAUCCACACAGGGGAGAUGCCCUACACGUGCUCUGAGUGCGGGAAAAGCUUCGGGCGGAGCUCUGACCGUAUCAGACAUCAGAGAAUCCACACAGGGGAGACGCCCUACACGUGCUCUGAGUGCGGGAAAAGCUUCAAUCAGAGCUCAAACCUUAUCAGACAUCAGAGAAUCCACACAGGGGAGACGCCCUACACGUGCUCUGAGUGCGGGAAAAGCUUCGGGCGGAGCUCUAACCUUAUCACACAUCAGAGAAUCCACACAGGGGAGAUGCCCUACACGUGCUCUGAGUGCGGGAAAAGCUUCGGGUGGAGCUCUGACCUUAUCAGACAUGAGAGAAUCCACACAGGGGAGAUGCCCUACAAGUGCUCUGAGUGCGGGAAAAGCUUCGGGCGGAGCUCUAACCUUAUCACACAUCAGAGAAUCCACACAGGGGAGACGCCCUACAAGUGCUCUGAGUGCGGGAAAAGCUUCAGGUGGCGCUCUCACCUUAUCACACAUCAGAGAAUCCACACAGGGGAGCUGCCCUACACGUGUUCUGAGUGCGGAAAAGCUUCAUGCGGGAAAAGCUUCAAUCGGCGCUCAAACCUUAUCACACAUAGGAGAAUCCACACGGGGGAGACGCCCUACACGUGCUCUGACUGCGGGAAAAGCUUUGGGCGGAGCUCUCACCUUAUCAGACAUGAGACAAUCCACACAGGGGAGACGCCCUACACGUGCUCUGAAUGCGGGAAAAGUUUUGGGCGGAGCUCUGACCUUAUCACACAUCAGAGAAUCCACACAGGGGAGAUGCCCUACACGUGCUCUGAGUGCGGGAAAAGCUUCGGGCGGAGCUCUGACCGUAUCAGACAUCAGAGAAUCCACACAGGGGAGACGCCCUACACGUGCUCUGAGUGCGGGAAAAGCUUCAAUCAGAGCUCAAACCUUAUCAGACAUCAGAGAAUCCACACAGGGGAGACGCCCUACACGUGCUCUGAGUGCGGGAGAAGCUUCGGGCGGAGCUCUAACCUUAUCACACAUCAGAGAAUCCACACAGGGGAGAUGCCCUACACGUGCUCUGAGUGCGGGAAAAGCUUCGGGUGGAGCUCUGACCUUAUCAGACAUGAGAGAAUCCACACAGGAGAUGCCUACAAGUGCUCUGAGUGCGGGAAAAGCUUCGGGCGGAGCUCUAACCUUAUCACACAUCAGAGAAUCCACACAGGGGAGACGCCCUACAAGUGCUCUGAGUGCGGGAAAAGCUUCAGGUGGCGCUCUCACCUUAUCACACAUCAGAGAAUCCACACAGGGGAGCUG